AUGGCUCUCGCGUCCUUCGAUGGCGACUUCAGUUUUUCCCAGGAGUCCAUUGCACGGCUCGGUGACCGUGCAGGAUCUUCAAAGUUGACAGAGGCCUCGAAGCAGUUGAAGCAGAGCAAAGCAUUCCAGGCGCAGCUGCGCCUCGAAGAGCUGCUGAAGGAGUACUCGGAAGAGCGUGACAAGAAGCGCGUCACGCUCGACCAGUCCUUCACACCGGAUGAUGCCGACUUCUCUGCGGCUAAAGCCUAUGAUUACGAUCGCAGCACCAAUUACUACGAGAUUCUCGGGAUAGAUGAGUAUGCUCCUCCGGACGAAGUGAACCGCGCCUACAAGCGCCUUUCCCUCGUGUACCACCCCGACAAGACAAAGGGGAUGAGUGCGCAGCAACAGGAGGACUAUGAGACAAUCUUCAUCUCAGUGAAGAAUGCUCACUUGGUCCUAGGGGACCAGCCCACCCGGAGACAGUAUGACAAGGAUCGUGAUCAAGACAGAGCCAAAGAGGUCGUCAGUGGGGUGAAGGCUCCUUCAUCCCAGCAUGUGGACCUCACGGAGGUUUUGAAGCGCAUCAGCGAGAUGCAGAGGCAGGGUUUUCUUGGUCUGAUCGGUUCCCCCUGUCGCUUAGAGACGUUCUUCUAUGGCACACAUAAGGCCGUUUCCAGAGAGAGACGCAUCAAGGACUUCUAUGCGGGCAUGAUCAACCAGGAGCACGUGUACAGAUUCCACGUUCCGCGAGGGGCUCGAGAUCCCUGGGAGUUGACGUUUAAGGAGCAAGGGGACCACAAUCCCGACACUAGGCCGGACUCUGUGAAAUUCCGCAACAAGCUUAGCAGCUCUGGUAGGUGA